AUGGAAUCUGAUGAACUUAUCUGGGAAAAUUUAAAAGUCCAUAUAUCACCUCCAGAGGUAGAUAUGUAUGCAAAGCAAAUCGGAAUAGCGCGUAUAACCAGAAAUGAAGAAAUAUUUUCAGAAUUAUCUACAUUAAGAAAAUUAUACGAUUCAAUGCAAAACAAAUUAACAGAAGAAAUCGCACGAAAAACACCUAGUAUUUUAGUUUCUGCUCAAAGAACGUCUGCAAUUCAAAAAUGCAUUAAUUUUUUAGAUUCCCUUAAAGCGUCAGGUCAUUUCAUUGAAACAGAUAACCCGGUUGAUAAAGAAAUUGUGAAAUACUUAAAAGUUACAAGGGCAGACAGACCAAAAACAGGAAAUUCUUUAUCUUCUACGAGAUCAAGCUCAGCUUUGAAGAGCUCAAAGAGCGUCACCAACAUUAGUAAUAGUAUCGAAGAUAUACGAACUCUUCUAGACGAAGAAUUUGAUUUAAUGCAAACUCAAGUUCAAGAAAUUCGGUGCUCCAUGUUCAAUGUUUAUGACUAA